AUGAUGUACGCAAUUUUUGUUCGGAUCCUGGUGGUGAUGUUCUCGUUGAAAUUGAUUUCUACUCAUGUCGAGUUCACCAACUUCAAGUGUAAGGCUUUGGAUCAAGAGUUUUGCAAUUUCGAAUACUGCGCCAUAAAGGCGGUGAAUCGGUCCUACAAGUAUCUUACGACUAAGAUUAACCUGUACAAGGUUCCCAUUACCAGAGUGAAGGUUAGCUUCGGACUCUACAAGCGUUUCAGUGGAUAUAAGCCCUUUCUGUACAAUCUUACCGUGGAUGCUUGCAAGUUUUUGAAGAACCCUAAGGGCAAUCCUGUUACUUCCUACUUUUACGAACUUAUCAGGGAGUUCUCCAAUAUGAAUCACACCUGUCCCUUUGAUCACGAUCUUGUUGUGGAUAAGGUUUCAAACCAAAACAUUAACUACCGCUUUACGAAAGUAUUAUCGUUUCCGGAAGGUGAAUACAUGCUCGAGAUGCACUGGAUGGCCUAUGACAUAACACGCGCUGUGGUAAAGGUCUAUGCGACUCUUUCCUAAACUCAGGUUUUACUCUUAGUCUUUAAUAAAUGUACCUAUUAUUAAAAAUUGUCA